AUCACCGCCCUUAUGUAUUGCCGCCUACUAAAUUUUGAAUCAUCAUUCUGCCGACUAUUAAACUUUUUUACACUUUUUACUUCUUUCAUGCAACAAUACUUCCCAUGCUGUGAGUUGAUGUAUGUUCUGCCUUAUCGAAGGCAUUCGAACUUCUUCGGACAUCUCUUUGUCCUUGACGCGCAAUGUUUUUUGAUUGCUUCGUGCAAACACCGUCACCUAUCCUCUUGGUUUCACGCAACUUCAUAAUUUCAAUACCUCUAAUCUACAAGAAGCGUGCUGCUUUAGGUAGGUAUUUAUUUUAUAGCAAUUGCCUUCUCUUCUUUGCCUUUUCUCGAUUUCAGUUUCUCUAUAGUUGACCAACUAUCUAGAGCUUCCUGGUUGAUUUCUAGUCGUAUAGACACCUAAAUUGCAACAAAUCACACCCAAGAAAAUACCAACCGCUAUCCAAGCAUUCUAGACAUGGAUUCCCAGGUGGAUACAGCUCGAGACGGCAGCAAGUAUACAUCGAAGUUCUUUCCCCCAAACCCUGCUGUUCUCAACCUGGCCACCCACGCAAACCGGGAGCCUCUCAUGCAUUUGGUUCAGCAGACAAUCCUGUACCACGUGCGUAAUGGCAAUCCGCUGGUUCGGCUAUGGAAGGAUGCUUACGAUGCUGGAUAUAUCGAAGGCACGACAGCUCCGUAUUCGUGGUACUUGUUGGCCGUGAGAAAGAUGACUGGCAGAAUGCUUAAUAGCGAGUUCAAUCAGGAAAAGACUAAGACCAUGGUGCAGGUUCAGCCUGAGAUCCUCAAGGCUCUUGUUAAAGAAAUCUCCUAUGUCAGCAUCCAGACUGUAGCCGAAGUUAAGACGGAGCCUCCCACCCCGGUCAAGCUCGUUCAAGCUAGAUUCAGCCCUCUUGCCCCUGAAUUUUCGCCGGAGAAGUCUGCCGCGAAGUCUAUCUCAGAAGAAGAACAGCACCCUGCCGAGUAUAAGCCUAGUGACGCCCGACUCACAAGCUUUGAGGAGCGAUGCAAGAAACGUGGACUACGAAUCGCGUCGGCAAAGAAGUAGAGAUGUUAUAGUCACGUCGUUAUGUCCUGAAUAAGCAACGGCAAUGUGGAGGUUGACUACUUAGAGAUGAACAUGAAGUGUCUUAAGUAAUGAAGUUGCCUAUGCCCUUUAUAUCUUUCCUGCUUUGAAACCGGCUUCGUUGCAACAAGAAGUGAGUAUGCUAUUCGCACAGCUUCGUUGAUAAUCCAAAAAACCUAUCAACAUGGCAUCAAUCCAAGGCCUUAUCCUAAUAUAUAUCGGGGUAGUCCAUAGACCAGCAAUGUCUAGGAGUGUUUCUUUUUAGUUUCUUUUCAUAAGCAAGGUUAAAAAAAACAAAACUAAACGACAAACGUAGAGUUACGCAAGAAGAUAUGUCCCGCUAACUUUCCAAGUUUUAUCAUGGCUGCUCUGAUGGAACGACUCGGCUAGGUGAUAUGAUAAUACCAAACACUACCUUAGGUACCUUACCUACCUAGGUAC